CGCAACUUGGCGUUUGCGUCAUCGUGUACGUAAGCACCAAAGGUCAUUUUCGGUGCCGGUCACUUGCGAAUUGACCGCCAAGGACACGGACGACGACCAUGACGAUGAUGGCUUCGGCGCUCGACUGGAUCGAACGCUACGACAACCUCGACCUGCUCGAGCCCUACUGGGCAGCGCUCCAAGCGCGUUGCUCGGACUUUACCAUCUACUUUUGGUGCACGGUGACACUCUCGACGCUGGCGCUCUUUGGCGGCUCGCUCGUCUACGCCCUCAUGGACGCCACGCCCGCGCUGCGCAAGUACAAGAUCCAGCCGACAAAGCCUCCGACCAUCGCGCUCUACCUGCGCUGCCUCAAGCUCGCAGUCGGGAACCACCUCCUUAUCCACAUGGGCUUGCUCUACGUCAACUUGCCGCUCAUGCAGUGGCUCGGCAUCUCGGUCUCGUCGCCGCUUCCCAAGCCGUCGACAAUCGCGCUCCAGUUUCUCGCGUGCAUGCUCGCGGAAGACUUUUGCUUUUAUUGGUGCCAUCGCUUCUUGCAUUGGAAGCGCAUUUACAAGCACGUGCACAAAGUGCACCACGAGUACCGCGCACCGUUUGGGCUCACGGCCGUGUACACGCAUCCGCUCGAAGAGCUUUUGACGACGGGCGCGACGAUGGCGGGCCCGCUCCUCGUGUGCCGGCACAUGCUGCCAAUCUGGAUCUGGACGACGUACCGCUUGCUCGAGACGAUCGACUCGCACUCGGGGUUUGAGUUCCCGCUGGCGCCCGGCCAUUUGAUCCCGAUUCUGAGCGGUACGCUGCGUCACGACUACCACCACGAAAAGUUCGACUGCAACUUUGGCUCAAUGUUUUCGUUCUGGGACUGGGUCUGCGGCACAGACGCCGCGUUCCGCGAGCUUCAGCGCGCCAAGGCGGCCAAGGGCGAACCGUGUUGGCUUGAUGUCUUCGACUACUUGACACCAGCUGCCAAGACCAAGACCGUGUAGCGUCAAAGGUUGAAAAAUGAUGUUUUUGUUCGUCC